AUGCCAUUUGUUGGUGAUCACUGUAAAAAUUUAACAACCUUGGAAUACGAGCUGAUUCUUCCAGAAAUAGCAGAAGCAACAACACUUGUUCAUCUUAAUAUCCAAUUAUAUAAUACACACAUAGAGUUUCCUCUUUUUGAUAAACUCGUUAAUUUGGAAUAUAUUCAAAUAAGGGUUGAAAGAAAAUAUACAGAGAAGAAAGUCUCUACACAAGUACUCAACACUAUUUUUUGUAAAUGCAAAAAUCUAAAACAUCUUGAUAUUCCAAAUGACUUUUAUGAUCUUGCUAAAAUUCCUUUGGAAAAAUGGAAAAACUUUAAAAAUUUAGAAUAUCUACGUUUAUCUUGUUACGAAGUACUACCUGAUUUAGCAGAUACAAUUGUUAAAUAUUGCAAGAAUUUAAAACACUUGUGCAUGGACCCUACAUGCGAAUUUAUAGAGGCAUAUGUUGUAAAAAAGUUAACAAAAUUGAAAAAUCUCGAAAAUUUAGAGAUUAAUGAUGGAUGCCUCAGUGAAGAAGCAAUAAUCGCAAUUUCAAACAAUUGUAAAAAACUGAAAAGUUUAGAACUUGAUGGAUGCGAUGUAGUAUCAACUAUUGAUCGACUUUCUUCUCCAUCUGUUUUAAAUGAGUUAUCAAAAUUACAAUAUCUUGAACAUCUAAGCUUGAGUUUUACAGGUAUUAUUGGAGAUAAUACAGUUAUUGCUAUUGCUCAUAAUUGUAAAAACCUAAAGAGUUUAGAUAUAAGUGAUUUUGAUGAUAUUACUGAAACAGCUCUCGUUGCUUUAACAAAGUUAAAAAAUUUAGAAAUUCUAAGAGUAGGCUCUCUUAAUAUUUCCGACAGCUUCAUUAUCAGGUUAAAAGGAUUAAAAGUAUUUGAUUGUGAUGGUUGCAAGGAACUUACUGAUACUGGUAUUAUUCAAUUUAUAAAAAAUAACCCAGAUCUUGAAAAGAUCUAUGCCUGUGAUAUAGAUAAUAUUACAAUUGACUUGGUUAUUGGUGCUGAUCAGGCAACUAAACAUCGUACAAAUGAUUUUAAAGCUGAAUUAUCAAGUAACAUCAGUUAA